ACUUCUCCUUCCUCUUCUUUUUGAUCUUGUACCCAUAUAUUUAUGUGCUCUAUAAUAUUUGGUAGAGCCAUGCCAAGACCGUAGCAUUGGACGGUAACUUCCAGCUGCGACACUUUGCACAUAUCAAAGAUGUAGACGGCAUGGAAUUUGAAGGAGAAGAUGAGGUCAACACCAUCUGGGUCAACGAAACUGACCUCAUCCCUUAUAAUGAGUCGGCCAAGGAUGGGUGCGCAUCCUUCAGCGCGCUUGAAAAACAGGGCGGCUCAACGAAGGGUCUCGAUCAAACCGGUGCCUUUGCGUGCACCUGUGGACACCAUGGCUACCCUAUUGCUAUAGUCGAUAUGCGUAGCAAAGGCGAACGUUACACGUAUAUUCUUAGCCUUUUGAAGAAAGUUACAGAAACUGAACUAUAUGGAAACGACAUACGCAUAAUGUACGAUGUGGGCUGCAAGCUUCGCACUGCCCUAAAGACAUCCAAGAUGUGCCUAUCGCAGUCGGCAUUUUUCAUAUCACUGGGCAUAAUCCUACUUGCCAAGUUCACUUCCAUCCUCGUCUGGUUAAAGGCUUUGGCAUGAUCGAUGGGGAGUGGUUAGAACGAAUGUGGUCUUACCUCAACGGUUCUGUAUCCAUGACACGCACUAUGACCCCUCUCAACAGGCGGCUCACAUUGUCAAAUCGCGCUAGAAUACUUGGUUGGUUUAAGGUGUCAAUAGACGACCUGACCUAUUUCGUCAAAAAUGGGAUUUCCGGGUUUGCCGAUAAAGUAUGUACAUUGCAUAAAUAACAGUAUCUUUUAGGAAGGCCCGACUGAAGGAGCCCUAGUGCCGUGCUCACUGACUAUGGCUAUUGCUACAGUAUAAUCCUACAGAAGCUAAGAGUAUGAAACUCCAAACGUUUGUCUGGAUAUG